AUGCUAGGGUUAAAACAGAAAUGUAUACAUAAUCGGAUAAAGAAGACGCACUAUUUUUCCUUGCAGUAUCUGGCUAUCGGAGAUACAUUUUAUACGAUUGUCUAUAGUUUUACAGUUGGCUGUUCAACUAUAAGCGCCAUAGUUAUAGAAGUUUAUGAAGCUAUAUGUAAACAUUUGCAAAAUCGAUAUUUACUCGAACCUACAACAGAAAUAUGGCAGAAAUCUGAGGAAGGCUUUAGAAACCUAUGGCAAUUCCUAAAUUGUACUGGCAGCAUAGAUGGGCGAGAAGAGUGGUAGAAAAUGUCUGCGGUCUAUU